AUGGCCUCCAGACAUAUGUCGCAUAUACGGAAAUGGCUACUCCGUUCCCCGCCCGCCGAAUGGGCACUGAACCAACUGCGCGAACUACUCAUCGGGGCUCUCCGACAAGGCCCCGUGCCCAAACACGUCGCAUUCGUGAUGGACGGUAACCGCCGGUUCGCAAAGAGACACCGAAUCGAAACGGUAGAAGGACAUAAUCUGGGAUUCGAGGCGUUGGCUAGGAUUCUCGAAGUAUGCUACAAAUCCGGCGUGACACACGUAACAAUCUACGCAUUCAGCAUUGAAAACUUCAAACGGUCCAAAUACGAAGUCGACGCGCUGAUGGAAAUGGCGAAAAUCAAACUGAAACAACUGGUCGAGCAUGGUGACCUUUUGGAUCGAUACGGCGCGCGCAUUCGCAUUUUGGGGCAAAGAGAAUUGAUCAAGCCCGAUGUUUUGGAAGUGGUGGAUCAGGCUGUGAAAAUGACCCAGGGAAAUGGCAAUUGCGUGUUGAACGUUUGCUUUCCGUACACGAGCAGAGAAGAAAUCACCGCGGCCGUCCGAGGUACAGUUGAAGAGUUCUCGAGGCCCAUACCACCCGUUGCGAAAAGUCCGUUCAAAGAAGAGCGCAUCGCCCAUACAAUCCGGUCACAACAGCAAUCAUCAACGUACCUUGAACCUGAAGCUGCUGGUUCUGGUUUCGGUUUGCAGUCGCCAUCCUCAAGUACUACUUCUCUCUCAUCCUACGACAAUGACAACGACAACGACACUUUGUCUUCUUCUGUGUCGGUGUCUACUUCGACCACGUUACAUCCUGACGACAACACCGAAAUGACGUCGACCUCGACCUCGAGCGAACAACAACAGACACAAAGUCAUGGCGACAAAAAUACGCCGCUGAAACUGAAAUACCCUUCCCCAGAGCUCAUCACGCCCGAAACACUUGAUUCUCACAUGUAUACCGCCGGAGAUCCGCCUGUGGACCUUUUGAUACGGACUAGCGGCGUCAGUCGCUUGUCAGAUUACCUGCUGUGGCAGUGUCAUGAGGAUACUCAGAUUGUGUUUCUGGAUGUGCUGUGGCCUGACUUUGACCUGUGGAGUUUCUUGCCCGUUCUAUGGGAAUGGCAGUGGCGGACGCGGAAAUGUCAACAGCUGCAACAGCAACGAGGAGAGAACAAGAGCAAGACUCAGACUCGUGGGAGUUCAAGUUUGUCAUCAUCUCAACAGCAACAUCGGCCUACGAAGGAAAAUGAACUCGGGUCAUACUCGACGGCGAGAACUACCGCGCUCACGUAG